AUGACGAAAGUCAAAUUCACCCUCCCGCCGGCAGCCGACAAGGUCACAUCGCUCUUCCACACCAAGCAGAUCAAGGAGGAUGAUCCACCAGUUUUCAACCAGCCGCUCAAUACCAGCUCAUGUCCGCACCACCGCAUCGCAAGGCUGCUAUACAGCAUCUCGCUCUCUUUACUACUUAUCAUCGCAGUCCCGGUCAUUGCCCUCAAGGCAUUAACCUAUAGCUUCAUCGAGGACAAUCGUAUGACCGGAUUUGAAUACCAAACAACAAGAAGGAAUGGCGACCCCGGCGAGUCCAUCAUCAUGGCCGCUUUACCACGGAUGCUAUACGCAGUACCAGCAAAGCUCGCCAUUAUCGCCGGUACGGUCAGCAUAUGUCUAGCCGCCGCACACCUAGGAUUCGUCGCAACAGACUGGAAAAAGGGCAACAGGGUACGUCUACACCUACAAAAGACGAAAGACCGCUUCCGACUAACAUCCGUACAGACGCAAUCAUAUGCCUUCCGUCGCAACAUAAUGUUCCUCCACAUCACCAACGCCAUCCUCGUCCUCUUCGCCCUCGUCUCCAUCUACGUAACCCACAAAAACACCUCCCACUUCCGCGAAGGCUUCGUCAACUUCCGCGCCUCUCGCAUGAACGACACCACUUCCGCCUCUACCCCCACCCAACAAUCCCCGGCCUUCUUCCGCUACAACUUCGGCACUUUUGACCUCGAAACCUGGGCUUGUGAGCUCGUGGGUGUUGAAGGUGCGGGUAUGGUACGGGAAGACUAUGGCAUGCAAUGUGGGAUUGAGAUUGCUGGAAGAGCGGUUAUGGUGCCUUUUGUGGUUGUUGCUUGGGGGGUUGCGGCGAUCGGGCUUUGGGGGUUUGUGGGGGGUGGGAGGAGGGGGCCCGAUGGGGAGAGGAUGAAGACGGAUGAGGUGGGGUUGGAGAUGGGGAAGAUGAAUGCUACCGACGAUUGA